AUGUCAAGCCGCAGACCACCCAAGAAAAGAGGCACCAACAAAGCUCCGUCAGUGGUGGACAUGUUUGCAGCACAGAGGCCUGCUGCACGAGGUGCGCCCACAAACACGAGCCCUAGCACAACUCACCGCACGGACCCCCUCCGGACACAAGACUCCCCACCGGAGGCAUCUUCCAGCGCUAUCCUGCAAUCCCUUGCGGAUGCCAAAGGCUACUUGGCCGAAGAAAUCAAGAGAUCAGCCAAGGAAGUCAAAGCGGAAAUUGCCGCCAUAGGGGCUCGAACCACCUGGAUUGAGUUACAAAUUGGCAACGUGGUGCAGGCUCACAAUCGAGCAGUAGACCUCACAAACACACUCCUCACAAGGGUUACAGAUCUGGAAUUGGAGCUCGAGGACGUCUCCAACCGCUCAAGGAGAAAUAACCUGCGCAUUCGCGGCCUGCCGGAUUCGGUUGGGGAAGCGGAUCUUGAAGAGACUCGAGUCACCUGUUUUAAGCAGAGCCUCCCAGACAUCCCAGAACAUCUUUGGAUAGUGGACAGGGUACAUAGAGCCCUGCGGGCCAGAGGGCCGAAGAAUAGCCCCACACCCCGCGAUGUAAUUAUGAAGUGGCACUAUUACAAGACCAAGUAG